AUGUGGCGCCGAUGGAGAAGGGAGCUGUGGGAGAUGUCGCCCCCAUUCCGCCAGAGAGACACACCGGCCGCCGCCACCGCCUCCUGCUGCUGCAUACAGAUGUCGCCCUACGUUGUGGUGAAGAUGAAGAGGAAGAAGGAUCCCUCGCUGGACGGCAUCGAGGUCAUCAACCGCUCCAAGGACCUCCGCGUCAUCUCCUCCCUGAUGACGAUCAUGAUGGCCUCGCCGGAGCCCGGGAACGCCAUCCCCAUCUCCGCCGUCUCCAAGAUGGAUCGCAUCCUGGAGAUCCCCACCAGAGUGGCCACCUUCCUCCGGCGGUACCCCUCCUUCUUCGAAGAGUUCGUCGGGCCGCAGCACAAUCUCCCCUGGUUCAAGCCGACGGACGCGGCGGCGGAGCUCCACGGCGAGGAGCAGCUUCUAUUUGAGCAACAUCAGGAGGAGCUCGUGGAUCGGGUGAAGCGGCUGAUCUUCAUGUCCAGGGAGAAGCGGCUGCCGCUUCAGAUAGUGCAGGGGAUGCAGUGGUACCUCGGUCUGCCGGGGGAUUUCACGAAGAGAGCGGAGGAAUUCUCGCAGGGGAAGCUCCGCUUGGUGGAGGUCGGGGACGGCGUGAAGUGGUUGACGGCCGCCGGAUCCGCCGAAGAGAGGAUCCUCUCGGCGCUGCAGAGGGCCGCCCUGAAGAAGAAGACGGGAGAUGGAUCGGAGCCGCCUUCCGCCAUCGCGUUCCCUCUCUUCCCGUCAAAGGGAGUCCGACUGAAGCAGAAGAUCAUCGCCUGGUUGGAGGAUUUCCAGAGGAUCCCCUACAUAUCCCCCUACGAGGAUUCUUCGAGCCUGCACCGCAGCGGCCGGAUCGCGGAGAAGAGGCUGGCGGGGGUGCUCCACGAGCUGCUGAGCCUCUUCAUGGACAACUCCGCAGAGCGGAGGAAGAUCCUCUGCCUCAGGAAGCAUCUAGGGUUGUCGCAGAAGUUCUACAAGGCCUUCGAGCACCACCCCCACGUCUUCUACCUCCUGUUGAAGAACAACACCUGCACCGUGGUGCUCAAGGAGCCCUACUGCGGGAGCGCGGCAGAGUCCGGGAUCGAACCGCACCCCCUCCUCGAUCUGAGGAAGAAGUUCGUCAGGUUGAUGAUUGCAUCGGAGCUCAUCCUGAGGGAACGGCGGGGGAGAAGACGACCGUAG